AUGGAGAAAAUACCAAGCGACCGGGAAAAUGGAGUGCCGCAAAUUCGUACUAUCGUCGACCCUUACAGCUCUAAGAUUGAAUUGACUAGCAAUGGUUCAAGAGAAGACUUAGAUCCCUAUGUACCAGCUAAGAACAGGCCAUUGGAAUCAAACACUUCGAGUUUCGGCGCUCUUGCUCAUCUCUUGAAGGCGUCUCUGGGGUCUGGAGUGCUGGCGAUGCCUCUCGCCUUUAAAAACGCCGGAUUGCUUGUCGGCUUAAUAGGCACUGUCGUUAUUGGGUUCAUUUGUGGGCACGUCAUUCAUAUUUUGGUCAAAACCUCACAACAGCUAUGCGUGGAAGUAAAAAAGCCGUGUUUGGGAUACGCAGACACUUGUGAUUUGGUCUUCCAGAACGGACCCAAGUCCGUGAGACGCUUUGCACCACAUAUCAGAGAACUAGCUGAUUGGGCCCUAGCAGUUACACAUUUGGGCGCUUGUUGUGUUUACGUUGUAGUCAUAUCGGAGUCUUUUAAGCAGAUAUCAGACGAGUACGGUGGUCCCAAAUGGUCCGUGUCCGUCUUCUGUGCGCUCAGUUUGGUGAUCCUGGUACCACUAAACCAGAUAACGAAGCUCAAGUAUUUAGUGCCAUUCUCAGCCAUCGCCAACUUUGUUUGGUUAACGUCUAUCUGCAUAUCCAUUUACUACUGUUUGAGGGACCCUCCACCGCCUUCGACGAGAAAUCUGGCCACUUCCAUUGCGGGUCUACCAAAUUUUAUCAGUACUUGCCUAUUCGCAAUGGAAGGAAUCGGUGUCGUGAUGCCUAUAGAGAAUGAGAUGACAAAGCCACAGCAGUUCCUAGGAUGUCCCGGAGUCCUGAACAUAGCAAUGAGUGCUGUAGUGGCAUUGUAUGGCUUCGUAGGUUUUUGUGGCUAUCUGAGCUUUGGCGAAACGGUUAGAGGAAGUCUUACCCUCAACCUACCACAAGACGAAAUAUUAGCUCAAGUUGCCAAGAUGUUGGUCGCGUGUGUUAUGGUCCUAUCAUACGCGCUUAUCUUCUAUGUGCCCGUGGACGUGGCUUGGAGAAGAAUUAGCCACAGGAUUCCUGCUAGUAACCACAGGUGGGGUCUGGCGGCGCUAAGACUUGCUGGCACUUUUUUGACAGUCGGCCUAGCCUCCGCAAUACCAAGACUAGAGUUGUUCAUGGAGUUAGUUGGUGCUAUCUGUCUCUCGUGCUUGGGUCUUUCGCUCCCAGCUAUAACAGAGACCGUCUGGCGUUGGGGCAAAGACCUAGGACCAUACAACAUCGUACUGAUCAAGAAUGCUACAAUUGUGCUAUUUUCUCUAAUUGCCAUGGUCUCUGGUGUAACCUUCUCUAUAAAGACUAUUGUAGACACUUUGUGA